UGAUCACGUUUAGAAACGGCGAUUAUGAAACUCUCGAAACCGACCCCGAUCUUACGGAGACAAUGAUACCUUCCUCAAGUCCCAUGGAGUCAAGACAUCGACUCUCCUUCUCCACUGAGAAGACUAGUAGGAGGAGAUUCCACAGAAUUGAAAAGGGUGUCAAGUUCUCUACUCUGAAACUUGUGUUGAUUUGUAUAAUGCUUGGAGCUCUGUUCACGAUCUACCGUUUUCGUUAUCCACCGCUACAAAUUGCCGAGAAUCCAACAAGUUUUGGUGUUACUACUGAUCCUCGCUAUCUAGCUACAGCCGAGAUCAACUGGAACCAUAUGGCAAAUCUUGUUGACAAGUACUUAUUUGGUAGAAGCGAGUAUCAAGGAAUUGGGCUUAUAAAUCUUAACAAUAUCGAGAUUGAUCGAUUCAAGGAAGUAAUCAAAUCUGACUGUGAUCAUGUAGCUUUGCAUCUAGACUAUGCUGCAAAGAACAUAACAUGGGAAUCUCUAUACCCUGAAUGGAUUGACGAAGUAGAAGAAUUCGAAGUCCCUACUUGUCCUUCUCUUCCUUUGAUUCAAGUUCCUGGCAAGCCUCGGAUCGAUCUUGUUAUUGCCAAGCUUCCAUGUGACAAAUCAGGAAAAUGGUCAAGAGAUGUGGCUCGAUUGCACUUACAACUUUCAGCAGCUCGAGUAGCGGCUUCUUCUAAAGGGCUUCAUGAUGUUCAUGUCAUUUUGGUAUCUGAUUGCUUUCCAAUCCCGAAUCUUUUUACUGGUCAAGAACUUGUUGCCCGUCAAAGAAACUUAUGGCUGUAUAAGCCUAACCUUCACCAGUUAAGACAAAAGUUACAGCUUCCUGUUGGUUCCUGUGAACUUUCUGUUCCUCUUCAAGCUAAAGAUCAUUUCUACUCCGCAAGUGAAAAGAGAGAAGCUUAUGCGACUAUCUUACACUCUGCUCAAUUUUAUGUUUGUGGGGCCAUUGCAGCUGCGCAGAGCAUUAGAAUGUCAGGCUCUACUCGCGAUCUGGUCAUACUUGUCGAUGAUUCGAUAAGUGAAUACCAUAAAAGUGGCUUGCAAGCUGCUGGAUGGAAGAUUCACAUGUUUCAAAGAAUCAGGAACCCAAAUGCUAUACCAAAUGCAUAUAACGAGUGGAACUACAGCAAGUUCCGUCUUUGGCAGUUGACAGAGUACAGCAAGAUCAUCUUCAUCGAUGCAGACAUGCUUAUCCUGAGAAACAUUGAUUUCCUCUUCGAGUUCCCUGAGAUAUCAGCAACUGGAAACAAUGCUACGCUCUUCAACUCCGGUCUAAUGGUGGUUGAGCCAUCCAAUUCGACAUUCCAGUUACUAAUGGAUAACAUCAAUGAAGUUGUGUCUUACAACGGAGGAGACCAAGGUUACCUGAAUGAGAUAUUCACAUGGUGGCACCGGAUUCCUAAACACAUGAAUUUCUUGAAGCAUUUCUGGGAAGGAGACGAACCUGAGAUUAAGAAAAUGAAGACGAGUCUGUUUGGAGCUGAUCCUCCCAUCCUCUAUGUUCUUCAUUACCUAGGUUAUAACAAACCGUGGUUAUGCUUCAGAGACUAUGAUUGCAACUGGAAUGUGGAUAUUUUUCAGGAAUUCGCAAGUGACGAAGCACAUAAAACCUGGUGGAGAGUGCAUGACGCAAUGCCUGAGAAUUUGCACAAGUUCUGUCUAUUGAGAUCGAAACAAAAGGCACAACUUGAGUGGGAUCGCAGACAAGCAGAGAAAGGGAAUUACAAAGAUGGACACUGGAAGAUAAAAAUAAAAGAUGAGAGACUUAAGACUUGUUACGAAGAUUUCUGUUUUUGGGAGAGUAUGCUUUGGCAUUGGGGUGAGACGAACUUUACCGAUAAUUCUUCCGCCACCACCGUUACACCACCGACGCAUAAAACUGCUCUGUCUUCCCUGUGAAUUCUCUUGGCUUUCGUGGCUCUGGUUUGGUACAAAAUGUGAGUUGGUUAUAGUUUUUUUUUUUUCAUUUUUUUUAAUCAGCUUGAAACCUGUAUAUCAAUGGAUCCCUGAAACAAUGUAUUAUCAUGAGGGAUAAAGGAAUGAAAGAGAAAUGAAGAAUUUACAGGAA